GUGGAGGAUCCGCCCCUUCGGUGUCGAUGGCGUUCGCGCCCCCCAAAAAUCCCGAGGGAUCCGCGCUGAGGGUGAGGCUGAGCACGUGGACACCCCUGAACCAGCGGGACAUCAACAGACAGUUUGACCAGUGGACAGAUGGCCAGAGGAGGAGGAUCCUGGCGGAUUUGCUGGAACGCUGCUCGUUAUCGCAGCGGAAAUUUUGCGCCGAGCGGCUGCGAAUUCCGGGCGGGGCCGUGGAUUUCACCACCAGGAUCCCCCGGGUUUUGUCUUUGUACAUUUUCUCCUUCCUGGACCCGCGGAGUCUCUGCAGAUGCGCGCAGCCGCUCUCCAUGGACCAUUCCGUGGUUUCGGAGGUGCGGCCGGUGGGAGGCGCCGGCGCGGAUCCCAAAUUUGGGGUGGGGAAGGAGCGACCGCGUCCGUGGCGCUGCCCCGACYGGAACCCCACGGACACCGCGCGGUUCAACGUCCUGGACAACCGCGACCCCAUCGGGCAGGCCCGGCACGCGAGGAGGAAGGGAGGAGGGAGAACUCCAGACCUGAGCAGAGAGGCGGCUGAGAGGAAGAGGAGGAGCUUAAAAUUCAGCCCAAAUUUGGGGUGAAAAUGGAAA